AUGCUUGAGGAAGCUCUCUCGGAGAAAAAGGAGAUGAGGAGCGAGAUCAAGCAACUGACUCAGAGGCUGGAGAACUCAGAAAAACACCAGAAGAUGCAAGACAGCCAGAUAGCCCAGAUAGCUCAGUCUGUCUCAAGAGCACAGGGUACAUUCCCAGGGAAACCAGAUUUAAAUCCGGUGGAACAUUGCAAUCGUAUUGAGCUGCGGAGCGGACGUACUGUGGGAAACCCUCAAAUCAUCACUCAAAUGAAGCUUGACUCAGAAAAGGAACUCACUCUCCUAAUGCCCAAUCAGACUCAAAACAUGGAUGGAGAAGAGGGUACUAAAAAGAUUGGAGAAGCUUGUCAGACUACCCCACAGAAUCAGAUGAUCCCGUUUCCUCAGAAGCUUAUAGCAUCCCAAAAGGAUGAAGAGUUUCUCCUGCUUCUGAAAAAGGUUAAAGAGAUUUGCGUUGAGGUGCCAUUGUUAGAUGCGCUGCACCAGAUGCCGAAGUUCGCAAAAUUUUUAAAGGGAAUCUCAUCCAAUAGAAGACAAAAAGGCGACUUCGAGACCAUAGCAUUGACAGAGGGUUGUAGUGCUCUUUUAAUGGUGAAUUCCCCACCAAAACUUCAGGAUCCAGGAAGUUUUUCCAUACCGUACAAAAUUAGCUCUGAACUCAUACCAAGAGCCUUCUGCGAUUUGGGAGCUAGUGUCAGCCUACUCUCGUACUCUCUGUGCAAGAAGUUGGGAUUCCAAAGCAUUAAACUGACUACUAUGACAUUGCAGUUGGUUGACCAUUCAUGUAGAUACCCAAUGGGUAUAGUGGAAGACGUUCCAGUAGAAGUGGGGGGUUGUGUCAUCCCCAUGGACUUCAUCAUUAUGGAUAUGAAGGAGGACCCCAAAAUCUCGAUCAUCCUUGGAAGACCAUUCCUCGCCACGGCAGGAGCUCUCAUUGAUGUGAAGAAUCACAAGCUAUCAUUGGAGAUGGGUAAAGAAAGAAUUGAAUUUGAUUUGUCCAACCCUUCUAACUGCAUCUCCUUUUCCCGGGGAAAACCUAGCAGAAUAGACGCACGCGAGGUCGAGGAGCGCACCUUUCGAGAAAGUCCCCCUCCCGCAGACGACAAGAAGUAUAUAUGUCCUGCAUGA